ACAAGAGAGAAGGAAAACCGAAGAACAAAAGCCAACGGCAAGUUAUAGGGUUUCUAAACCCAAUCCCCUCCCCUUUUCUCUCUAAACCCAACUCCCUCUCUCUAGAAUCUAAACCACGUUCAAUCAAAGUAACAGAUUCAGAUUUUCACCGCCACUAUGAAGAUAUGAUUGCCGAUGGUAUCUACUUCACUCGCCGGAUCUCUCUCUCUCUCUGUAUGAAUAUCGGCGACUGCGACGGUCAAGGCAACUGUAACGGCAACGGUAACGGGGACGGUGACCGAUGCUAGGGUUUUCUUUUAACUUGAGGCUUGAUUUGGGGAUAGGAUUGGGAUUUUGAAGAUAUAAGAGGAUAAAAUUGUCGUGUUUCAGACAGGCAUUUGCGUUAAAUUUUGGUUCCGGAAAAUUUUGGUCAAAUCCAUGCCUGCCAUGAAGAAGAAGACUGAAUACGUUGAUAUCGGGCAAAUGUUUGAAAGAUUGGCUAAGGACAUUGGAGAACCGGUUGACUUUGAGCUUCCUGAUUGGUUGAAUAAAUGGAAACCUCACUAUACCAUCAUAAAGCGCAAUAUAUAUUUAACAAAGAAGGUUAAGAGACGAGUUCGAGUGGAGGAUGAUGGAAUAUUCUGCUCCUGUAGCUCAACAGCAGGUUCCUCUGGUGUUUGUGGUAGAGAUUGUCACUGUGGGAUGCUACUGUCAAGCUGCUCAUCUAACUGUAAUUGUGAUAAGUCAUGCCUCAAUAAACCAUUCCACCAACGACCUAUGAAGAAAAUGAAGAUAGUUCAGACCGAAAAAUGCGGCUCAGGGGUUGUUGCUGAUGAGGAUAUCAUGCGAGGGGAGUUUGUUAUUGAAUAUGUGGGAGAAGUUAUCGAUGACAAAACUUGUGAGGAAAGGCUUUGGAGAAUGAAGCGUCAGGGAGAAACAAACUUUUACUUGUGUGAGAUCAACCGAGACAUGGUGAUUGAUGCCACAUACAAAGGAAACAAAUCAAGAUAUAUAAAUCAUAGUUGUUCUCCAAAUACCGAGAUGCAGAAAUGGAGGAUGGAUCGUGAAACGAGAAUAGGCAUAUUUGCAACUCGGAAUAUAAAGAAGGGCGAGCACCUGACCUAUGAUUACCAGUUUGUGCAGUUUGGUGCAGACCAAGACUGUCACUGUGGUGCUGUAGGCUGUAGGCGGAAACUGGGAGUGAAGCCUAACAAGUCAAAGUUCCCUUCUUCAGAUGCUGCACUAAAGAUAGUUGCAUGUCAGGUGGCUAUAAAUUCUCCAAAAGUAAAAGCAGUUCUUUCUGGGAAAGAUGCUUACAAGAAUGGUGUUCGACAAGCAGGUUGUUCGAGGCAUGCCACUGAUCAGACGAGAAUACCUCAUAAUUGCAUUGGGGAAGUUCUCAGAAUAGCGCACCGUGGGUCAAAGAGAUCUUUUGGCAUCAUCAAGCGGUUUGAUGUAGACACAAGAAAACACUUGGUGAUGUUCGAAGAUGGUGUCGUUGAGCUUCUGGAUUUGACGCAAGUCGACUGGGAGCUUUGUAACUAUUAGCUUACGGGGAGUGAGAGAAUAUAACAUAGAAUGAAGGGUUAUGUAUUGUUGACGAAAGGGUCGAACCAGCAGUGACUUCUUGUGUCCUUUUCGAGGGCUGUGGCGUCGUUUUUUGGAUCUGUUGGAUCCAUCCUCCUCCUAUAGUUUGCUUGUUAUUAUUAAUAUCUUCAACAUCAUAACCCGAAAACCAGUUUAAUUCUUUGUAGAUUUUUGUUAACAAAAAUAUUGCUUUUGUUGGAAGGAAUAUAGUUGAAUGAAAAGUUUAUAAUGAUCAUAAAAUGGAGUAACCUUAUCAAUAUAUGUAUAUGAUUGUUUUACAAAGAGACGAAAGUGAAGUUAUCAUGAGAAGUAUAAUAAGAGAU